AUGAGUGCAUUUAUUGCAGACUAAUUACACGAAAUUUAAGGCUAUUCUGACAGCACACUAGAAAAAUACAUCCAUUCAAUAGCACUAAAUGCGAACUCUGAAUAAUUCAUAUUUGAUAAAUUGGUAGAUGGUGGACUGCCUGGCAAUGCAAAAACUAGAACAUUUGCAACAUCUCUAUUUGAUAAAAUCACACCUGAUUCAAAAAAGGUUCAGAAGAUAAAUGCUCAAAAGUUAAAAGAGCAGGAGUAGAUAAAAUAAUAAUAAACUAAAAAGUCCUAUGCUUUAUUAGAUGAUGAAUCUGAUGAUGAAGACAUGAAUGAAGAUGAACUCUAGAACUAGUAGCAACUUAAAUUUUUUAAGGACUUAGAGAAAAUACAAGAGAGAAAAAAAUAAAUCGAUGAUGAUGUGAGAAAAGCUGGGGAAAGUGAGGUAAAACUUUCUAAAAAGGAGGAAAAAGAAAUUAAAAAACUAGAAAAAGAAAGAGAUAAACUUGAGAGGGAUGCUUUGGUAGCUAGAAUGCUAGAAAAAGAUAAAGAUCUGACAAAAACAAAAAUUGGCAAUGUGGUAGAAAAUCCCUAAUCUAAAAACAUGAAUCUAGAUGAGAAGCUUAAGUAUAUUCCAGAGCUCAGAAAGAUAUCAAGACAGAAGUAUCUAGAAAUUAGGGAGGAGCAACAACUUGAUUUGUUUAAGAGAAGACUUGAGGAUGAGAAAAGGAUAUUUGGAGAUCAACCCUUAACUGAGAUAGAAAAAAAGAUCAGCAAUCUUAAUGAAAGAUUAUAUGGUCUUGCAAUGAAAAGAAGAGAAAAAUAGUCAAAAGCAUAAAUAUAUCAUAUGCCAGAUACCUAUGAAGAUGAGGAUGGUAAAUUACUAAAAGAUAAAAAAAUGGCUGUGUUAACCAAGAGAUACGAAGAAGAAAAGAUUGAACUCACUGAACAAGAAUAAUGGGAACUUUUUCAAUAGAAAAAAGCUACUGCUUAAUUUGGAGCAAGAGCUGGCAAAAAAUCAAAAGAAGAUAAAAACUUUGAACUCCUUCUAGAAAAUUAAGUUGACUUUAUUUAGACUAAAGCUUUAUAAGGGAUAGUAGAUGUUAAGAAUAAGUCUAAAACAAAAAAAAAGAAAUCUAAAGAUAGUAGUGAGGACUCAGAUUCUAGUUCAAUGAGUGAAGAAGAAAUAGUUGAGGCUGAGAAACUUUUAACUACAGAGGAAAAAUAAAGACUGAGCAUUAAACAAUAAAGAGAGAGCUUGCCAAUUUAUCCGUAUAGAGAUUAGCUAUUAGCUGCAUUAAGAGAUCAUUAAGUACUCAUUAUUGUAGGAGAGACUGGAUCAGGAAAAACAACUUAAGUUCCACAAUAUCUUCAUGAGAUAGGAUAUACUAAAUUUGGAAAAAUCGGAGUUACAUAGCCGAGAAGAGUAGCAGCAAUGAGUGUUGCAGCUAGAGUUGCUCAAGAAAUGAAUGUUAAAUUAGGCCAUGAAGUUGGAUAUUCUAUCAGAUUUGAGGAUUGUACUUCUGACAAGACUGUUUUAAAGUACAUGACUGAUGGAAUGCUUUUAAGAGAAUUCUUAGGAGAUCCUCGUUUAGAUGGAUAUACUUGCUUAAUGAUAGAUGAGGCUCACGAAAGAACAUUACAUACUGAUGUCCUAUUUGGAUUAGUGAAGGAUGUAGCAAGAGAAAGAAAAGAUUUGAAGUUAUUGAUUUCAUCUGCAACGAUGGAUGCUGAAAAAUUUUCAGACUAUUUCGACGGUGCUCCAGUGUUUAAGUUUCCAGGAAGAAGAUAUCCUGUUGACAUGUUCUAUACUAAAUAGCCUGAAGCAGACUAUGUCGAGGCUGCAGUAAUUACUACUUUGCAAAUCCAUGUUACUUAGCCUAGGGGUGAUAUAUUAGUAUUCUUGACAGGUUAAGAAGAAAUUGAAACUGCGUAAGAAAUGCUUUAAUAAAGAACAAGAGGACUUGGAACAAAAAUCUCAGAAUUAAUGAUUUGUCCUAUAUAUUCAACUCUACCUUCAGAUAUGUAGGCAAAAAUAUUUGAGCCUACUCCUCCUGGUGCGAGAAAAGUUGUCUUAGCUACUAAUAUUGCAGAAACAUCUCUGACAAUUGAUGGAAUAAUUUAUGUUAUAGAUUGUGGUUUUGCAAAAUAGACAAGUUAUAACCCUCGAACAGGAAUGGAAAGUCUUAUUGUAACACCUAUUUCAAAAGCCUCUGCAAAUUAAAGAGCUGGUAGAGCAGGAAGAGUUGCUCCUGGUAAAUGCUUUAGAUUAUAUACAGCUUGGUCAUUUUAAAAUGAGCUAGAUGAUACAACCAUACCUGAAAUAUAAAGAACAAAUUUAGGGAAUGUGGUAUUGAUGCUUAAGAGUUUAGGCAUUAAUGAUUUAAUACAUUUUGAUUUCAUGGAUCCUCCACCUGCUGAGACAUUAAUUAGAGCACUUGAGCAAUUGUAUGCAUUGGGUGCUUUAAAUGAUGAAGGAGAGUUAACUAAGCUUGGAAGAAGAAUGGCCGAAUUCCCUCUUGAUCCUAUGCUUUCUAAAUGUGUAAUACAAUCAGAAGCAUUUAAAUGUGUUGAUUAAGUAAUAACAGUAUGCUGUAUGCUCUCGGUUGGAAAUUCCAUAUUUUUUAGACCUAAAGAAAAGGCAAUUCAUGCAGAUAAUGCAAGAAAGAAUUUCUUUCGACCAGGUGGUGAUCACAUUUGCUUGCUUAAUGUAUUUGAAUAAUGGAAGGAAACGAACUAUUCGACUUAGUGGUGCUUUGAAAAUUUUAUAUAAGUCAGAUCAAUGAAGAGAGCAAGAGAUAUUAAAGAAUAGUUGAUUGAACUAUGUAAGAGAGUUGAAAUAGAUUAUGCAGAAGAGACACUUUCAGUUGUGGAUGAUGAAUAUUACAGCAAUGUAAGAAAGGCAAUUGCUUCUGGAUUCUUUUAUAAUACUGCUAAGCUUUAGAAAUCAGGAAAUUACAAGACCCUUAAAAAUUAGCAUACUGUUCAUAUUCAUCCAAGUAGUUGCAUGUUCGAAGCACUGCCAAAAUGGGUUAUUUAUCACGAACUUGUUUAUACAACGAAAGAAUAUAUGAGAAAUAUAAUUGAACUUAAUCCAGAUUGGCUUUUGGAAAUUGCACCUCAUUAUUAUAAAAAGUCUGAUAUUGAGGAUGAUGAUAAAAAAGAAAAGAAAGUAAAAAUGCCUCCAAAGGGUAAAUGA